UCUGUGGACCGCCGACCGCGUCCCACGCGCCGACGGAUUACGUGACAGCGGCAUGUUAUCCCCCGGGAACGCAACUCACCCUGACCGCCACUCACCCUCAGCCCCACAUCGUUGAUCCCGCGAUGACGCCCACAUCGGCGCCGGUGCCGACCCCGACGUCGGCGUCGGGCCCCAACAACCCCGUCGCCAUGAGCCAGCUGGGGACCGUCUACGCCACCAAGAGACGGCGUCGGAACGGAAAAAGCUUAAAACCACCACAGAAAGACGGGGUGACAAAGUCGAAUCCCAGUAAGCGACAUCGAGAGCGAUUGAACGCUGAGCUGGACACUCUAGCAUCAUUACUUCCGUUCGAACAAAAUAUUCUCAGCAAGCUAGAUCGACUCAGCAUCCUCAGACUCAGUGUAAGCUACCUCCGUACCAAGAGCUACUUUCAAGUGGUGAUGCACAAGGAUAAAGAGGAGAAUUCACACCACGACUCGCACUACAGGGCGAGAGAGCUCGCAGCGCUCGCUGCUUACGACCAUCAUCACCUCGACGGCGAAAUGUUCCUACAGGCACUGAAUGGGUUCCUGCUAAUAUUGACUUGCGACGGGGAAGUAUUUUUCGCUACCCACAGCAUAGAGAGUUACCUAGGCUUCCAUCAGUCUGACAUCGUCCAUCAGAGUGUCUACGAGCUGGUGCACAGCGAGGAUCGGGAGGAAUUGCAGCGGCAAUUAAUGUGGAAUUCUUUCCUGCCUGCUGAAAAUGCAAGUCUGCCGUUGCACGAUGCACUCUCGCCCCAACAUUGUCACCUGCUCGAGCGCAGCUUCACGGUUCGCUUCCGUUGUCUUUUGGACAAUACAUCCGGUUUUCUGCGUCUCGACAUCAGGGGCCGAGUCAAAGUACUUCAUGGCCAGAACCGGAAAACGGAAGAGCCACCCUUGGCCCUGUUCGCCCUGUGCACACCGUUCGGACCCCCUUCGCUCCUGGAGGUGCCGCAGAAGGAAGUCAUGUUCAAAAGCAAGCACAAAUUGGAUCUCGCGCUUGUGACGAUGGAUCAGAGAGGAAAGAUGCUCCUAGGAUAUUCCGACGCGGAACUGACGAAUCUCGGUGGCUACGAUCUAGUCCAUUACGAUGACUUGGCCUACGUCGCUAGCGCGCAUCAGGAAUUAUUGAAAACUGGUGCAUCAGGUAUGAUAGCCUACAGAUUUCAAACGAAGGAUGGUGGGUGGCAGUGGCUGCAGACUAGCUCUAGAUUGGUCUACAAAAACUCGAAACCGGACUUUGUACUCAGUACACAUCGACCUCUCAUGGAAGAGGAAGGUCGAGAUUUGCUCGGCAAGCGUACGAUGGACUUCAAAGUGAGCUAUUUGGACGCCGGAUUGACCAACAGCUACUUCUCGGAUAGUGACAGUUUGACGGGAUCCGUGAUGACACCGACGCUACCGGCUCAGCCGGCGUCUCAGAGAGGGAACAGACGAUACAAGACGCAUCUGCGAGACUUUCUUUCGACUUGCCGAAGCAAACGCAGCAAACUUUCCGCCCAGUCGUCGGUCUCGCCACCGGUGACUCCCACAGUCGCCUCCGUGGAUUAUCUCGCGGCUGACACAAGUGCAGCAGCCGCGGUCGCGGCGGCCUACAGCAAUUUGAACACCAUGUAUCCGACGCCGUAUGCGCCCACAGCGGUUGCGGCUAGUACCGAUCCUUCCUUGACGACUUACAUCGGCCACACGGGCAAUUAUCAUCAGACUCUCUAUCCAGCGACUGCUUUGGACAACAGGUACCUCACGGCUGCGACAGAGAAUCUAUUCCAAUAUAGGCCGCUGGGCUCGUACUAUCCAGAGUAUCACACAGGCACUGCGUACAACGGCUUCAUCGACGUAUCGCUACCCACCUACGAGACUCAUCAGCUGACUAGCAAGACAGAAGAGAAGCUCUACUGCCAGCAACUGAGCAGCAACGAAUCGCCCAAGUAUAGCUACGUGGAAACGAGACAUCCUGGGAGCGUCAGCGGUUCGCCAUACGCUGCCAGUCCGGUGGCGAGCGCAUCCACGAUGCAUCCAGCAACGACCGACAUGAACGUUGUGCGGGCCGGAAGCAGGCAUUCUCUGGAAGGCGGUGCGUCGUCCAGCAAUUCCGCUGGCAGCUCACCGGUGACCGGUGGUGCGGCGAACGGUAUGCUGACACCCAAGAUAGAGGACGUGAAGCCCGAAGUAUACGGCAACGAGGCUCCACGACAGACCGUGCUGAUGUGGGGUGCCCCACCUUCGCGUACACCACCUAGAAACAACGGCAGCUACAGCCCGCCGACGCCACACUCGACUCAUUCGUCUACACAUUCGACCAAUGCCACUGGAGAUCCGCUCAAAUCGCUGGCGGAGAUGAAUUCCAUGAAUGGAGAUUGCAAGUGGCGGCAAACCUCGCCUACGGAUCAACAAGUGACCGCGCCGAGUCCGCCGAGAAAUAACAAAACGCAACAAUCUCAGCAGCAGCAGCAGCAACAUCACCAUCAGCAACAACAACAUCAACAAUAUCCGGUGACCACGUCUCAGUAUCAGGCGGCCGCAGUGGCCAACACCAUUGGUUACACGCACUCUCAUCCAGGUCAUGGCGGGCACGGAGAAGCGGGCUCCGAGCACGCCGCCGUCAGUUGCGGGAACGGGGACGGGGGUGGGAACAGGCAUGGGCAUGGGCACCGUGGGGGACAACAGCACCAACAACAACAGCAACAACGUCUUAUACCACCCUCCGCACCACCACCACCACCACCAUCACGUGGUGGGAUCAUCAGCGGCAGCGGGAAUGGGCCCGCCUGUACCGCAGAUUCCAAACCGGACGCCGGGAGUCCUCUGUUGUCCAUCUCUGAGGUGACUAACACCCUGCUCAACCAAUAGUCCCUUUGUAACCUCGGCGUCGCUUUAUAUCAGUGAUGAAGGUGUCUCCGAAAAGAUAUCUUCACCGAAGCGGAUUUCAAAACGCGUCACUGUACCAUACAGGUAAUGUCGAUUACAAGAAUUAAGAGUAUUCUAUUAGUACUGUAACAUACUCACUACAGAAGUAAUAAUCAAUCUACUAUUACAUAACUUUCAUUGCAUUGAUUUAUCCGAUACCGAUACGUUAAGUGGACAUAUUCUUCAGGAUUCAUAGUUUGAGUCUGCGUGUACACUGAUCGCGAUCUUGUGUACGUAAAGGGGCAGCGAUCACACACAAAAGCGCGUGUGUCUUACAAUUUCAUUUGUGAUUAUAAAAUGCAGCAGUUGCUCGACGAGUAGCAAUAUCACUUCAUUGCAGAAUGAAUUUUAAAUCAAUUUUGUAAUUUUUUUAAAAGAUUCGCUAUCAAAAAAUAAGUACCCAGAUAUGUUUCUCUUAAG